CACUUACUUCCUAUCUAGGUUGUGUGGAGUUCCCUUCACUUUCCUGAAGCGUGGGUUUCUGAGAUACUUGCGUUAUUCUGUAUCGCACGACGCAGCAAUGGCGUAUCAUACCUGUCAUGGAGACUUAUCCCCAAUAUCAAUUUCAGGGCUCAAACUCUUCUGUGAGCAGUCUCCUUACUCCUGUUACUUCAUUCGCCAAAGCUGUACCACGGGCAUCGGUUCUCAGUAAUUUCCUAAUGCGGCGAGUUCGGAGGUACUAAUGCUUAGCGUACGCGUAGUCUACUGUUACCUCAUACCUUGAGAACGCAAGCAACUCAGUAGUAGAUGAAUAUGUCUGUUGCACACACGUAUAAAUAUACCUAACUGGAAGCUUGUCGAUCCUCGAACAAUUUCAACGGUGUUGACGUCGGGUCACAUUCAGUUUCCGCUCAGGGGGUUGUGGAGGAGUUUGGGAGGAUGGGGGUUCUGAGGUUGGUGGAGGUUGCGCGGGUGUCCUCUGCUGCGUUGAAAGAGCUUCGGCGGAUUGUGGAACUUGAGACAGAUAGUUCAGAGGAGAAAGAAAGGGAGUGGGUGGACUGGUUCGAAGCUUUUGGGACUCAUAUUGCGACGAACUUCUACUUGGGCCUUCACAGGUUUGAGCAACUUCGUCUAGUACGGGACUACAAUGAAGGACUUUCUCUUGAUACCCCAGAGGAAAGUGUGCCACGAGAGAUUGCGCGGUUUAUUGCAGGCGAGCGGCUGCUUGCAGCUGACGACCUUCUUUCCCUUCAAACCCGGUUUGUGAAACACACUGAGCAGAUCAAUGCUGUUAACUUAUCUGGUACUGAGAUUCUACAUCCUGUCAACUUGCGACAACAAGUCCAUGAACUGGCCGUGAUUGCGGUGGAUAGCUCUCAGCUUGACACCAUUGUGGCAACCCAUGGAGGAUCAGGCGUUACGCUUACAUGUAAGCCCACCCCUACAAAAGCCUGAAUAACCGGCCUGACAGAUUCUGACAGCUUAAAGACG